AUGGCCAGCGCCGUCAGCGAAUCCUCACCGUUACUUCCGCAGCAUACAUCUUCCGCAGCGUCACCAUCGCGCGCGGGCAGAAGAAAUCAACGCACCGUCACUUUCAAUCCUUUGACCUCCGUCAGUACACAGUCCGGGCCCGCAUCGGCCGGAAAUUUACGACCAAUGCAGAGCCCUUCGGCAGCCCUCACGAGUUCGUCUCAAGUCAACCGGGAACAGCAACCUAUGCUCAGUGCCUUCAACUCGAAAUUGCGACGGAGGAACAGCCAUGGGGCCCCGCUGCCUACCACACAACCUUUCCAUGCAGCGCCUCGCGCCGGUGCCCAGCGGACGACCAAGACGAUCGAGAAACUCAAGAUCUUGCCCAAUCCAGACAUCGCGGAGGAGGACCCGGACGAGGAAAGCGGGAGAGAUGUCUACUCACAGUUUACAAGAAUCAAAGAUCCAACGGCCAGAAGAGAUGCGGCCAGACUGGGAAAGGCCGACCGAGACAGGCUGCCUCGCGUGACUGCGUAUUGCGUGGCACAAGGCUAUCGGCUGGAUGGGAUCAUGAAAUUCAUGAAGUCACGGGCAAGGACGAGAGGGGCAAACCCGAAGCUGUUUGACGAAUGUUUGUAUAGUCCGUACGACUACGACUACCCGAAGAAACACGACAAGACCAAGAGCGAUGCCCGAAGCAACAGUCCGGUCCAAGAAAGAUUCGCGAGAGCCAUGGCCAGCCCAAGGAUUGCACCAGGAGAACGAAGGUUCUCGGACAGUGCAGUAGAGGUGGAAGACAACAAGAAACACAGAAGAGACGACCUCAUGGACAUGCAAGACGAGCUGGGACCGCCCAGUGUGACCGCCGAACCGGCCGAGCUGGCCAUCACAGCGUCUCACUCUUCCACGGAUCUGCGACAUCCCGAGAGUGACGAAAUGCACCAGCGAUCGAACUCGGAACUGUCCACGAAAGUCGACACUCCGGAGAUUUUCAUCUUCGACUACGGCACCGUGGUCAUCUGGGGAAUGACCGUCCAACAAGAACAACGGUUCUUGAACGACAUGGCCAAGUUUAGCGACGCCCCCUUGCCUCAGGAGAGCGUGCAGACGGAAAACUUCAACUUCUACUAUACGAAGGAGUACCAGGCUCGUAUCUACAACGACUUCAUCAGCUUGAGAGAUCCCCGCAACUACAUGAUCAAACUGGCCAUCAGCCACGCUCUGUCUCAGAGUGUCAAGACCAGUCUCUUUGAGGAUUUGGUCAGCGAGACGAUCGAGACGACGAGUCCGCUUCCUGCCCUGAUCGCCCAGACGGGGAGCGUCAACCUCACGGCGCGCCAACUGAACAUGCAGAUAGGAGAGUUGUUCAUUUUACGGAUCAACAUUCAUUUACAGGGGAGUGUGCUCGACAGUCCGGAGUUGAUGUGGGCGGAACCGCAUCUCGAACCCGUCUACGCCGCAGUCAGAAGUUAUCUUGAAAUCGAACAGCGCGUUGGCCUUCUCACAGAACGACUCGAUGUCAUUGCUGAUUUGUUGGCCGUCUUGAGAGAGCAAGGCAGUAGACGACACGGCGAAGUAUUGGAAUGGAUUGUCAUCGUCCUGAUCGCAGCGGAAAUCUUGGUUGCUGCCAUCAAUAUCGUGGUUGACCUCUACGCUGGCGUCGACUAG